AGGCAUUCCCCUCCACCACUUCGAACUCUCACGUCCAAACAUUCCCUCCACUUUUCUCAUUCCCAUUCUCAUUCUCUCCGUGCCAAUGCCAGAAAACAGACAUUCCCUCGCUUCCCACCUCAUUGUCGUCGUCGUCCUCCUCCUCCUCGGCUCGAGGACCUCGCUGUGCCACACCAAGGGGCUGCGGCCCGGGCGCUCGGCCCAGAAGCCGGUGCCGCAGAACAUGACGCGGGUCCAAUACUCCGAGCAGCAGUUCAUGAAGUGGGUCAAGUUCGUGGGCAGGCUCAAGCACUCCAUCUUCAAGACCGCCAAGAACAAGCUCUCCCCUUCCUACACCCUCACCGUCGACAAGAACCCGGCCUACGGAGACUUCACGUCGAUCCAGGACGCGAUUGACUCGCUCCCCUUCAUCAAUCUCGUCCGGGUCGUGAUCAAGGUUCAUGCAGGAGUUUACACGGAGAAAGUGAGUAUUCCUCAAUUGAAAUCCUUCAUCACGAUUGAAGGCGCGGGGGCAGCUAAGACGAUAGUCCAAUGGGGAGACAGAGCAGACACGCCAGGGCCAAAAGGCCAGCACAUGGGGACUUAUGGUUCUGCCACAUUUGGCGUCAACUCACCCUUCUUCAUAGCCAAGAACAUCACCUUCAAGAAUACCACACCGGUGCCGAAACCGGGAGCAGUAGGGAAGCAGGCGGUGGCGUUCCGGAUAUCGGCGGACACGGCGGCAUUCUGGGGCUGCAGUUUCUUGGGAGCUCAGGACACGCUCUAUGACCAUUUUGGCAGGCAUUAUUACAAGGAUUGUUACAUUGAAGGCUCUGUGGAUUUUAUCUUCGGCAAUGGUCUCUCGCUCUUUGAGAGUUGUCAGGUGCACGCGAUAGCACUAAACGUAGGCGCACUGACGGCUCAAGGGAGGAGCAGUAUGCUGGAAGACACGGGGUUCUCUUUCCUCAAAUGUAAAGUUACGGGCUCGGGCGCGCUCUAUCUCGGGAGGGCAUGGGGUCCCUUUUCGAGGGUUGUCUUCGCCUACACUUGGAUGGACGACAUCAUCAUCCCCAAGGGUUGGUAUAACUGGGGAGACCCCGGUCGUGAAAUGUCAGGAAGCACCAUCACUAUCGCCAGUGUCCUCAAGUGAACCUAGUGCUUUGGACGGUGCCACCACCUUUUUUCCAAUCAAGCCACGCUCAUGGGUCUACGUAUUUGUCAUCUUCCUCUUUUUCCCCCUAUGGUCAGCUCUCUGCAAACAGCAUAUUAUACAAACCAUUCACAAGUUCCGAAAUGACGUGACUGCCCUCCCGAGCACUUCCUCACCGGGCACCCACUCCCUUUGCAAGCGCAGGGGCGGCUCCGGAAUAACGUAAUUGGAAAGGGCUUGAACCUGAGUAGAGUAGUGCCAAAAGCGCCAUGUCCUUUAGCUCUUUUUUCCCUUAUGUACAUCUACGUGUAAUGCACCUCCCUGGAGCGUACCCAGAAAACAUUUAAAACCCUAGACCACCUACCUAAUCCAUACAAAUCCCACCAAGGGCAAUCUCUCCAUGUUGGGCAAUUUCUGGGACUUAUACUAAGUCGGCCUUCCCUUCUAGCAUGCGCAUAGGAUAUGCUUUUUUGCAUAGACAGUGCUUAUUCCAUUUCAUUUGUACACGCUACACAUUUUCCACAAGCAUGAUUGGGGCAAGUGGGGUUAAUUGUAUUGACGGUCGAAGAUUUUCAUUUAAAGGGUAAUUGAAUAAAAUAUAAUUUUAGUA